GCUGUCCCUGUUAACUGCGGGGCUCCGCUCUCCGCCCGCUCCAUGCCCGAGAAGAGACGGUGCUGGAGGCUUGGCCGCUGCGCGGGGCCGGGGCCUCCGCCCGCCGGACGUCCCGGCCCCAGCUCAUUGUGACGCCGGGCGCUGCCCGGGGGGGCGGUCGGGCCGGGCGCGCCACGCGCAGGCUGGCAGCUUGCAGCCCCCGGGGCCCCUCCUGCCCCCCGGAGCCGCCUCCCUCGGGCUCCCUGCUCCCUCCCGCCGCCCCUUUCUCCCGCUUCCCUUUGCGGCCGGGGAUCCGCCGCAGCGCAUGGCCGGCCAGUUCGGGAGCAUCCGGGUCGGCUCCUACCUGGAGAUCAAGCGCAGCGAUGGGCGCAUCCACCCGGCGCUGGUCACGGCGCUGCACCGGGACAGCCCCAGCCUCACCGUGGAGUGGGUCGAGCAGGGGGCCAACAAGGGCAAGAGGGUGGAGCUGCAGCUCGCCUUCGCCCUCAACCCCCACCUGGCCCCCGCCGCGCCCGGCUCCGCCCAAGGCGACCAGAGCCUCCCGGCCGAGCCGGCGGCCGCGCCCGCCAAGCUGGAGCAGCCCGGCGGCGAUUGCGGGGAGCCGCGGCGCGGCCGGCCCGGCCGGAAAUCGCCGUGCGUGCGGCAGGUGGAGCGGCUGCGGGAGCUGCGCCAGAAGCGGCGGCUGCGGCUGCGGGAGCAGCGGGCCCAGCAGGCGGCCGCCUCGCCGCACCCCAACUACGAGGUGAUCUGCAUGAUCCAGGAGUACCGGGGCCGCCUGCCUGGCGGGGCGCUGGGCGGCCCCCAGCCCGGCCCCCGCCAGCACCGGAUCCGCGUCUGCGUCCGCAAGCGGCCGCUCAACCCGCGGGAGGCCGGGCUGCAGGACUUCGACGUGGUGACCGUCCCCUGCCGGGGCGUGGUGGUGGUGCACGAAGCCCGGCGGAGGCUGGACCUCAGCCGCUACCUGGAGAGCCAGACCUUCCGCUUCGACCACGCCUUCGACGACAGCGCCCCCAACGAGCUGGUGUACAGGCACACGGCCCAGCCGCUGGUGGAGAGCAUCUUCCGCGGCGGCAUGGCCACCUGCUUCGCCUACGGCCAGACGGGCAGCGGCAAGACCCACACCAUGGUGGGGGACCUCUCGGCCAAGGGCCAGGGCUGCCCCAUGGGCGUCUACACCCUGGCGGCCCAGGAUGUCUUCUGCUGGCUGCAGGAGCCCAGCUACAAGCAACUGGAGCUCCGGGUCUACGGGGCUUUCUUCGAGAUCUAUGGGGGCAAGGUGUACGACUUGCUCAGCUGGAGGAACCGGCUGAAGGUGCUGGAGGACGGCAAGCAGCAGAUCCAGGUGCUGGGGCUCCAGGAGGAGGAGGUCAGCUGCGUGGAGGAUGUCAUGAAGCUCAUCGAGAUGGGCAACCGGUGCAGGACGUCGGGCCAGACCUCUGCCAACACCCACUCCUCCCGUAGCCAUGCUGUCUUCCAGAUCAUCCUCCGGAAGAGAGGGAAGCUUCACGGCAAGUUUUCCCUGAUUGACUUGGCUGGGAAUGAGAGAGGAGCAGACACCGGCAGUGCGGACAGGCGGACGAGGCUGGAAGGGGCUGAGAUUAACAAGAGUCUCCUGGCACUAAAGGAAUGCAUCAGGGCCCUAGGACGCAACAAAGCCCAUACCCCGUUCAGGGCUAGCAAACUCACCCAGGUUUUAAGGGACUCGUUCAUAGGGGAGAACUCAUGCACCUGCAUGAUUGCCACCAUUUCUCCAGGGAUGAGAUCCUGUGAGCACACUCUCGAUACUCUAAGGUACGCCAACAGGGUGAAGGAACUGACCGUAGAUCCUAAUUCCCUUGGACAGUCACAUCCAAUCAUCACCCAGUUCCCAUAUCAGCUGGAUGACCUGAAGAAACCGUGGACUGUACAGAGCUUGCCUGAGACGGAUGAGUUCAAAGUAUUUUGUGUACAGAAAGAGGAGGAAGUCUCUCCUCAGUUGUUUACUUUCAAUUGCAGAGAGAAAGCCCAGAAGAAAAGAAAAGAGUUGGAUGAGAAAGCACUUAUAGAGGAGCACCAGGAGUCUCUCCGAUGGUUGAAAGUAUUCCUGGAAGUGGCUGAAGAAAUAGAUUAUGAUGUGGAUUUUUAUGCUGCACAGUUUGAAGCAGUCCUGGGGCAAAAGAUUGGCAUUCUGACUGAGAUCCAAGAUAAAGUAAAAUCGUUCCGGUCAAUCCUACGUAAGGAACAACAUGGCGGCAACCAGAUCAGUGUGAAGAGAUCCCGUGUUCUGUAAAUUGAGCGGAAAGAUUGUAAACUACUGUAAGAUGGCAAUUGUUAUGAUACUGUGGCUCUAGCCACCCAACAACUUGAUUGCUUAAAGGAUACUUAAAAGAUGUCUGUGGGAAUGUCCUGUUUGUUUUUCUCUUGAACGGCAUAUCUCUUUAAAAAAUAUAUAUGUACCUUUCUAGAUACUGCCUAUUCCCACAUUCUGUCAACCUGUAUCAACUUGAGAACAGAUUCCCCCGGGGAGUUAGGCAUUUUGAGUGAUUUUAAAAGGUGUUAGAGUGCAAAGCACUGUCAUUUCUAUUCUGAGAAUGAUACUUUUGGAGAAUGUGGGUGAUUUUGUGCAUAGCAUAAGCAGUAAGUAUAUAGAAUAUGCUCCUCUUUUCUCUCUCAACUGUGUUCUUGAGAGUCAUUUAAAAAAAUAAAAGAAAAACCUCUUCCUUCCCAGAAAUCGGGCCAAGGAAUAAGAUACUGUCCUCUGGGGAGAAAUUCAAAAUCAAAAGUGAUGUGCCUUCAAGGGCUGGAGAGGGAAGCAGGGGAUAAAGUGCCCUGUAUCAAAGGCCUUGAAGAGAAGCAAUUUGCCAGACCAAAGGGCCAGAAAAGCUGCAUUCACCAAAGUGCUAUCUGAUAAGUACACAUUACUGUGCUAAAGGCAUAAGAUGAAAGAUAGCCUUAGAUGGUUGCAUCAUCCCUGAUGUUAAAUACCACAGAAACUGCUCUAUGUUGGAUAACAGUUAUGCUAAUCUUUCUGGUACAUAUCUACAUUUAUUAUUUAUUUUAUAAAUUAAUUUGGUUAAAUUCCUGAGCGAUAUACGGCAACAAAUACAUAUUUGUGAGAUUAAAAUGUGUAAAUAAUACAUAAUUAAUUGAUGGCAAUCUCUUCUCUUUUCCUCUUCCUACUUGGCUUUUGAUACCAUCAACCAGUUUAUCCUAUUGCGCAUCUGAGGUCUGGUCCAGAGCCUGUUGAAGUCAAUGGAAGAACUCCUGUUGACUUCAAUGGCCUUUGGAACGGGCUCAGAAAUAGAAGCUGGUGUCUCCAAUAUUCUCCUUCAUAGUUCAGAUGCCAUCAGUAAUUCUAAUGCUCCCUUUCCAUUUAUGGUAGAAGAUUUGUCCUCUUGUUCCUUUAGCUGUGGCUAGCUGUGUUGAAGGAAGCUGUAUCUACAGUGGUGGAUUUGUUAGACACAAAUGUUUAAAUGCUGAUUGACUAGUAGUAAUACUCAGGACUUUUCAUCUUCAAAGCCCUUUUCAAACAUUGGUGUAUUAGCAUCCAGUUUCUUCCAGCACUAAUAGCUUAUGCAAUUACCUCAUUCUUCUCUGGAUAGCAUUAUUGGAUGUCAAAUUAAGAAAUGCUGUUCCCAAGAGCAAGUACAAAAACCUGGGAAAUGACAGUUUCCUGUUGAAAAAAGUCUCUGGUAUUCCAAAAAUAACUUUGGGAGAGGGUGGAGAGUUCCCCCUCCCUUAUGGCUCCUUCCUGGGUUUUGUGGAAGAGAAAACUCUUUGAGGUUCUCCAUCUGGCAUCUCCUCUGAAUUCUUGAAUCAGAGGUGGUGAUGGAGAGGUGGGGUUGAAAGAGAUACCAGAUCCUAAAUCCCACCUAGGCCUGCAUCCCACCUAAAUCCAAUCUGGAGCUGGACUGCCAGGUAAUCUCAAACUGGGAAACAUCCCCUGCCCUCCCCUUUAACUGUGUGUGUGUGAAGAGGAGGGUUCCACAGCAUGGAGUGACUCUGUGAAGAAGCUAAUACAACCUGGAGUCAUAAUAUCUUUUGCACAGAUUCCCUUAGGGACUGGGGGUGGGUGAUGUUCACUCCCUGUGCUUGUCCCAAAUGCUGAAUCCAGGCCUAUGUUCCUAAUGCUGGAGUAUGUGGUAGUGUCCACGGUGCAAAGCUGUGGAAUAAAGUAUAUUAGCAACACGGUUAUGCAUUGAGUUGGGCGUAUUAGAAGUAAAAUUUUAAUGAGCUGAACAAAAUUCUAGCAGGACAGUAUGGUUUGCAUCAUGGGCAUGAAACAGAACAUACUUUUUUUUGUUUAUACCUAAGCCAGCGGUUGGCAAGCUUGGGCAUGCGGCCCAUCAGGGUAAUCCGCUGGCGUGCUGCGAGACAUUUUGUUUACGUUGACCAUUCGCAGGCACGGCCCCUCGCAGCUCCCAGUGGCCGCAGUUCGCCGUUCCCAGACAAAUACCCUGAUGGGCCGUGUGCCAAAGGUUGCUGACCCAUGAUCUACAUGAUAAGGAGUCUCUUUGGGUCUCAGCUUGGGAAGUGACUCAUGAGCACAGUCUACUGGUUCCUAGGGAACUAGCCAAGUAGUUAAUUGAAUGAGCAUUUGCCAUUAGAAUCAUUAUAUAAUGUAUAGAUUCACCUUGUUUCUCCCUUCCUGUAAUUUGAUUAUCUUCUCUUCUGUAUCGUCCUUUUGCUUUAGCACACUUGCUGCAUAAUCAGAAAUCAUUUGAUCUUGUAUAGAGGUGAGCAAAGCUCAUCCAUUAUGGUUUCUGGGACUCUGUUCAAGCUUUUUCUUUGGUUUUCCUGUAUGUGGAUUUGCAACAGCAAACUUCAUGUUGUGUUUUGGGUUUGAAACUGUGGAUUAAGCAGAUUUUAAAAAUAAAAAAACCCAGCAAAAACAAACACACACGUAAAUUAUUCCGCAUUGACUGAAAGUGUUUGCAAUUUUUUUUUUUA